AUGCAGCCCAAUACGCUCAUUCAGUUGAAAGCUUUGACAUCUAUACAGACUUGGAUGAUUAUCUGUUUGACAAUUCAGUUGAUUUUGGAAAUCCUGGACGAUAAUCCUGAUUUGACGAACAGAUCAACAGCUGGCAACUUGUGGGAAUGUUUACGUUGUGGCAACCGUGUUUUUAGCUGGGACAAUGCCUCAAAUGAUUGGCAUUGCAAUGCGUGUUUCUCCUAUGAAUACUUUGACCCAACCUUGCCUGCCAAGAAGCAGACUGCGGGCGGUACCUGGGUUUUCAUGCCUAGAGGCUCUUCAGAGCCUCCCCAGGUCCCACCUUCAAGUGCUGCUUCACGACGUCGACAUCGAGCGAGACGACGUCGACGCGUUGGCGGCUCGAAUCCUGGGGACCCCGAUGAUGGGGAUGAUGGCCGUGAGUGGGCCGAGUCAGAAGUUCCAACCUUAGAUCCGCCGAUGGAUGUGACCCCUGCAGGCUCAAACGUCGCAAACAAUCGUGGAAACCACCAAAAUGGCGGCGAUCCGAUUGCAGCGCUGACAGAUGCUUUGAGACAGUUGACGCGUGACAAUGACCGCGGACGUGGUCCAUCGACAUCAACGGAUUCUUGGGUGAGUGCCAUGGGUCCUCAGCGAGGUGUGAAAUUUCGGGGCGGAGCACCACCUGUUCCCCCGUCAUGGUCUUAUAAUUCAUCAGACUUGCGUGCAUACGAGAAGUUCGAGAAGAAGGUCCGAAUCUGGGCAUUACAUGCUAAGCAUUUCAUGACAGACUCGGAAGCAGCUCUCACCUUGUACACAUCUCUGAAAGGCGAAGCAGAACAGGAAUUGGAGUUUGUAGACAUCAAUACCAUCUAUCACAAAGAUGGUGUCGACACAAUUCUGAAUCAUCUCAAGCAGGCUUUUCAGCAGAAGACAGUGUACAUUAAACGACAAUACCUUCAUGACUAUGAGACGAUUGGACGUUGGCCAGGCGAAACCCUGAGGACGUUCAUCAACAGGUACAGACGCGUGGAGUCCUCUCUGCGUGCAAUCGGGGUAGACAUCUGCCUGACCUACGACGAUGAAAGCCGUGGUUCCAGGUUGCUUGACAGAUCACGUUUGACGCUUGAGCAACAGCGCUUGGUGCUUGUGGGAACAAAUCAAUCCCUGUCAUUUGAAUCAGUGCGUGCGGCAUUGAUGCUGCAAUAUCCAGAGCAUAAACCUUCACCUCCAGUUGCUGGUCGAGAUGCCUCAACAGCGCCCUUUCAGACGAAGGGGAACUCUGGCAAAGGCUCUUCAUCAUCCAGUUCCAGUUCGAACAGCCCGUCUCUAGCCAAUGGAAAAGGCAAGGGCAAGGACAAAGGAUACAAGCGGGUCUAUCAGACUGAGACCAUUCCUGAGGAAGCUCCUGAGGAUGACGCUGGAGAUGGGCCUGAAGCCGAUCAGGAGGCAGAAGACGAUGGCAACAUCCCUAAGCAGGAUGCUCAGGACAACGAAGAUGCCGAUGUGGAUGACGGCGACACGGAUGUGGCGCAUCUCACUGAGGUUCUCACAGUCACAGCUAGGAAGUUGGCCAGUGUCACUCAGGGUCGAAAGUUUUCUGGCCAGCCUCGCAAGAGCAUCGCCGAGAAGAAGAAGACAUCAAUUUGUGCAGCCUGCGGACAACGCGGCCACUGGGCUGGUGAUGCGGAAUGUGACCAAAGUGGUUUGCAAGACGCGAAAAACAAUUCCUCAUCUACCUCUGCUGCCCCUAAGGGGAAAGAACGUGGCCACAAGGGCAAAGACGAUGGCGCUUCGAAAAAGGUGAUGACCGUCCACCACAGCACCGGGUUUGACAGCACGGUGGAAUAUUUACCUCAUCAUGCACUUUCACAUCCACAUUUUACAAUGGUUUGCACAGCCCCUUAUGUUUGCCUCUCCACAGUUUCUGGUGAUACAACUGGCUACAUGAUCAUGGAUACGGCUUGUCAAAGAUGCUGUUGUGGAACUCAAUGGAUUGCACUGCAGGCAGACAAGCUGGCAUCAUGGAAGCUCAAGGUCUUCGAGGAGGCCAGCCAUGAACAGUUUCAAUUUGGAGCAGGUGAACCGGUAUUGUCAACUUUGAAAGUUUGGAUGCCAUCAGCAAUCGAAAAGCAAUGUUUGAUUUUUGGUGUGAAUGUUGUUGAUACGAGUAUUCCUUUCCUUGGCAGUCUUCGUUUGUUGAAACGUCUGGGCGGUGUGAUCGAUUUGAUUCAGCAAGUGGUUUAUUUCAGCAAACUUGAUGUUACAACACCUUUGAAACGCAUUGGUGGACAUCUUGCGAUUGAUAUUUUGAACUUUCCACCACAGCCCAAUCGUUUGCGUGUUUGGUCACAGAUUUCAGAUGCUGGUUUCAAUGAUCCAGAAGUUGCUUCGGUGUUCAACUUGCAGCAAGUGAAUUUUGAUGAUGAUGACACGGCAACCCUGGCUCUUCCAGCAACUCGCUCUCAGCUGAUGCCUUCGAGCUCUGACUGUGACCACGAUGCACUACGACCCCGAGGUGAGAAAGCGCUGGAAGCAUCUAUGCGGAAAGCUGCUGAUGCUGUCGGUAACUGCUCUUCUGCACUUCCGACAGGCAGCCCGCCUUGGGUUGAUCCCCUACGACGACUACGAGAACUACCUCAAGAACCCCGAGAAAAUGAAGGACAAGAAGAAGAAACCGGGCACGUCCAGUCAGCUUCACAAGCCAUCGGCCACAGACACCUACCAGAACCAGCUCCAGGCUCAGUGCCCGCACAGGGAGUUCAAGCGCCACGGCAACAAGCACGGCAGUUUCGCGACAUGCGUGACUUGCAAGGCCAGAUGGGUGUGGGUCGGAACAGGCUGGAAGUUGCAUGGAUGCUCCUCCAAAUCAUCACUGCCUCUACCGUCUUCCUCAACAACAGUGGAUGGGUCAAUCCGUCCGCCAAUGAUGCCAGUGAUGGAAUUCCAAGCGGAACAUCUUCCUUUGACUGGCGCCAUGCCCAAGGUGCAGCCAGCACCAAACAACAAGAUUGGCAAGACCAGGUCCAGGCCUCCUUCCAUGACCUCUUCGGCAGCAGGACACAUGAAGCCAGAAGAGAUCCCAAUUCAGGAUCUGGAGACCUUCGAUCUGGAGUCCAACUACAGCUGGCUCCUGGACGACGCAAACGACUGACUGGUGAUUUGAAAAAGUCAAUCAAGAUCGGCGAGGCGGAAGUUUUGGUUUUGAACAACUUGCCCAAUGAGAGCUCCAAGACCAAUGCAAUUGACCUCCUCGAGCUCUAUGCAGGCGCAGCCAAAGCAACUCUGAUGGCCAAGCAGUAUGGACUCAAUGCAUUGGAGCCCUUUGACAAGAAUGAAGGAAAAGAUCUUGAUGAUCCCGAGCAAAAACGAUUGGUUGAACGAGCCAUUGAACGCUUCAAACCACUGCUCCUGAUGCUGGGCUUUCCAUGCACCUUUUGGUGUCUGCUGAACGAGAACUGCAACUACUCUUGGAGGAUGCAUGAGCUGGAAGCCCUUCGAAAUGAACAACGACCUCUACUUCAAUGGACUUGCUACUUGAUUGAAAUACAGGUGGGCCUUGGCAACUUCUUUCUCUUUGAGAGCACUCUACGUUGCCGAAUCUGGGAUGAACCCUGCGUCAUAAAGCUUGCCCAGCUCCCAGGAGUUGUUGAAGUGCUUUGCGAUGCAGGUGCUUUUGGAGCCGCCGAUCGUGAUGGCUUUCCCAUUAUCAAGACCCACAAGUUUUUGACCAACAGCCCCAUUUUGGCUAGCUCACUCCAUCGACGUCUUUCAGCACAAGAACGUCAGGUGUGCAAGCCUUUGGAGGGCAUCAAUGUGACACGAUCUCAAGAAUAUCCAGAUGCCAUGGUGCGAUCAAUUCUCAGAGCCUUGAAGGAUCAUGCCAGACAAGUGACUCCCAACCGUUUUGACUACCACAAGGUUUUCUUUGCACAGCCUUUGGAUGAUGCAGAAGCUUGGAAGAAACUGCUGGACGACGUCCAGAACACCUUUGCCGGCAGUGCUGUGAAAUCCUUGAUACUUCAACCUGGGCAAGAACUCUAUGAGAAAGUGUCCAAGUUGGUUCCUUGGGAGCUCACUCGAGUUCAAAUCGUGUCCACACCAAUCACCAGAAGAAUGCCAAAAGAUGCUGCCUUUACACAUCGUGGAGCUGCGCUGCUUUACGCCGAUCAAUCUCUCAGCGUUGAAGCCGAAGAUUUGGCCAAUGUGAGGUUCCCCAAGCAGCGCUUCACCAAGGCAGUCAACGCAGCCAUCCUCCUUUAUGGUUUGGCUGAUGAUGAUGGAUCUGGACCACAACAUCAACCUCAACUUGAUGAAGCUGAAGCUCGACUCCCAGUUCCUGGCUUGAGGACAGAUGUGACCUUCUCAACGGCGCCAGCCACCCUGCCGAAGGAAGUCAAGGCCUCAGUUGCGAGGUUGCACAUCAACACAGGCCAUGCCCACAAGAAGGAGCUGAUUCGACUUUUGGCUUCUCAUGGCUCAAUCAACGGACCAACAUUGACAGCAAUUGAACACAUGGUUUGUGGCUCCUGUGAAAGAACCAAGCCACCACCACCACCAAGACCGGCAUCCAUUCCUCAUUUCAUGGGUCAAUUUGGUGAACGUGUUCAACUUGAUAUAGUAUAUGUACGCGAUCUUUCUUCAACAAAUCAUCCAAUCCUUGGCAUGGUUGACAUGGCCACUUCAUUGCAGCAGGCAGUUCGCCUUCACAGUCGAGCCUCUGCCCACGUCGCAGAUCAAUUCAGAAGAAGCUGGCUGAUGCCCUAUGGGUAUCCCCUGGUUUGUGAGGUGGAUGCAGAUGGAGCCUUUGAGGGCGAGUUUCGCCUGAAACUUGAAGAAGCCGGUGUACACCUUGUGGUGAUUCCUCCUGAGGCGCAUUGGCGCAUUGGCACAGUUGAGAGAAAGAACGCCGUGCUCAGGACUGUGGUUGAGAAACUCCUUGACGAGAAUGCGGUGGUCAGUGGCGAUGGACUUGACUGGGUUUUGACUGCAGCAGUUCAAGCACUCAAUUCCACCACAGCGUCAAAAGGCAGAAGCCCAUAUCAAGCAGUUUUUGGCCGCCUUCCACGUUUUCCAGGUGAUUUGAUGUCUGAUGACAGAGCACUUGUCGUCUCCGACAACCAGAUGAUCGCAGAGGAGCUUAGAUGCCAAGCCUUGCGAGUCAUCGAUGAGACACGUGCCUCCCAUGUCAUCAAGCGAGCUUUGCUGAGGAAGACCAAGCCCAACAAGGAUGAAUCCAAACAGAUUCUUCCAGGAUCCUUAGCAGCUUACUGGAGAUGGACAAAAAGGUCUUCUGGAAAGAAACGUGGCGGCUAUGUUUUGGGCCGACUUCUUCACCAUGAUCCUGAUGGCAAAUCAGCCUGGCUACAAGCCGGCACGACCACAGUUCAGGUCACCUAUGAGCAGCUGCGACCAACUUUCGGUCUGGAAUCCUGGGCACCCAACAUGGCUGAUAUCCGCGCUCUCAAGGAUGCAUCCGUCAACAUCCAACAUGGACUUUGGCGUGACCAUCGCGGACCAGGACCACCGGAAGAUGAACCCAUGGAACCUGAGAUCGCACCAGCUGCUCAAGAUGAACCUAUGCUGAUGCUCGAACCACCCCAACUACUUGGUGAGCCACAGCCACCGCCAAUACCACCAGCACCUCCUCAAGAACCACCAACACCAUUUCUUCCUAUGCCAGAUUUUCAACAUCCUCUACGUCAAGACACCAUGAUUUACUCACCAACAUAUCAACAUACUCUACAACAGGACAUUCGCCACUACCAGCAGCCAAUGGACUAUGAGGCUGGAGACAGCUUUGAACGCAACGUGAGACAGCGAAUCCAGCCAGAGACACCACAGCUUGAGCCUUUACAAACGCAACAACAACUUGAACCCCCGCAGAUACCACCACAACAGUCUACUGAACAACCACAAGAUCAAUUGCCAGAGCCACCAGUGCCAGAGAUGGCAAGACCUUCACCUACGCAACCACUUCAAACGACUUCAAAUGACAGCGAUGAUCCUCUACUUCAACCACCAGCUCCCAGAAGCUUUUCACAGGUGAUUGAUGUCAGCGACGGCAGUGGUUCCAAUGAACCCCCUCUUCGACCAGCGGGACAUGUCAGCGCUGACGGAAGUUCACAGCCAACACCACCGAUGUCAGGCAGUUCUGGAACCAGUUUGUCACUGUUGAGCAGACAUCGACAUGGUCAAGGCUGGCCUUACUACAGCUUUGUGGCCACCCAGGUUCCUGAAGAGAACUACCACCUUGUAGAGCGCAUCACAGAUGGAUGGGAUGGAAAUGUGACACACAUUUCACCAGUCACUUCCAAGGCCUUCAAGACAGCAAUUGAGAAGACCGGCGAGGUGGACCUAUCCAGCGACUCAUCCAACGAUGAGGAAGCCCCUUCCAUGGAUGUUAUGACGCGCCAAGAGCGCAAGGCUAUGGACCGUGAGAUCCCGUGGCGCGUGAUCGCCGACGGACCUCCUGACGUUUUGGAGCUCUAUGUCCAGGCCAACAAGAAGGAGUUUGAGAGCUGGAAAAGCUGGGGAAGCAUUUAUGCAUUACCCAAAGAGGAGAUUCAGAAAAUCAAGAACACACCAUCCUUGAAGAGACGCAUCAUCCCUUCAAGGAAUGCCUACCGUGACAAGUUGCGUGGUGCUGGCCCAACAAUCAAGGCCAAAUGUCGCACAGUGGUCUUGGGAUGCCAGGAUCCUGACUUAGCCACUCUGUCCAGAAGUUCACCUACGCCAUCCAAACUUAGUGAAAUGGUUUUGCUGCAGAUUGCUGUGUCAGGAAUGAAUGCCCAGGUUGAACUCACUGGGAAGAUAUGGCAUCUCUGGUCCGGAGAUGUGUCAACUGCUUUCCUUCAAGGAGAACCAGAAGAGAGGCCGCUUCCUAUCUUCAUGAGGUCACCGCGGGACGGCAUCCAGCGAUUGGCCCAAACAUUUCCCGACGAGCUCUAUGGCAUUGCAGGAAACUUGUAUGGUUUUGCUUCAGCCCCAAGAACUUGGUGGAAGAACGUUUUGUCCACUGCUCAGAAGAAAGACUUCAAGCAGCAUAGAUACGACAAGUGUAUGUUGAUCAAGAAAGACAAAGAGAACAAGCUCCUCGUUGUCAUGAUCAUUCAUGUUGAUGACUUUUUGGUGACCUUCCGUGAAGACUAUCCUCUACAAGAAUUGGAGGACAUGUUUCGCUGGGGUUCCAAAACCUUGCUCACUAUGGACAAUGAGAUCGUGUUCCGAGGCAAAGAGAUUCGGUUACACAAAGUGCACAACAAGUUUGUUUUGAAGGUCACCCAGAAGGCCUUCAUUGAUGAGAUGACCAUCGGCAAACUUGACCGAGGCCGACUUCAAGCUGAGUCCCUCACACCGGACGAAUGGAAAGAAUUUCGUUCAGUGGCUGGCUCUUUGCAGUGGCUUGGAGGACAAACACGUCCUGACCUUUGCAGCGCAGUCAGCCUUGCAAACCGUGGUGCUGAGACCAAACCCAAAGAUCUCCGCACUCUCUAUGACUAUAUGGAAGUUGCCAAGAAGACACCUGAUCUUGGCCUGACGUUCAACACAGUGCCUUUCAAUCGUGCAGCCGUGCUGAUUGGAUAUGGAGACUCCAGUUGGGCCAAUGCACCAGGUGGAAAAUCACAGAUGGGAAGCCUCGUUCUGAUUGCUUCGCCAGACUGCUUUGAGCACCGAGCCAGCGUUUCCAUUUUGGAUUGGAAGAGUGCUCGCAGUCCGCGAGUGACAAGAUCGACGUUGGCAAGUGAAGCCAAUGCCAUGGAUGAGACCGUGGAUAGAUGCACCUACGCAAACUACUUUUUGACAGAACUUCUCUAUGGUGGCACCAAAGAUGGAGAACCACGCCUUGAGAGAGCCCUUCGCCAAUUGCAAUGUACAGACUGUAAAAGCCUUUACGAUGCAGUGAUCUCAGAAAAUCCAUCUACCACUGAGAGGAGAACAAUGAUUGCGAUUCGCAGUGUGCAAGACUUUAUCCACGAAGAUGACUGCCGAUGGGUCCCCACAGAUGUGAUGUGGGCUGACGUUUUAACGAAAGAAGAUAGGCAGUUGUGCGAGGCGUUUCAGGAGAGCGGCAACGGCAUUGUGGUACCCCUGGCCGAAUCCUGGAAAGAAGCCGCCAAGCAGCCGCCAGUCUUCUUGGGCGUCGCGGAUGGCUGCGACUGCUACAUCGAGCUGGACGCCACUCAUGGCAUCCUGAAGCUUCGAAGCAGGGAAGAUGACGCCGCAGCCGUUGCAGAAGUGGUGCCAGAUGCGGGAGGUGCAGCUGAUGUGGCACCAGAGGCCGACGCACCGGCCGACGCCGCGGAUGCCGAUGCCCCGGCCGACCCGGCGGACCCGGCCGAGGCGGCCGACGCGGCGCCGCCUCCGGUGCCGCCCGAGUGCUUCCCGGGCGGCGUGCCGAGUCCCUGGCGGGUGAAGGAUGUGGGGCCCGCCACGGGCGAGCAGCUCAGGAUGUUGCUGCGACGCAGCCGUGGAGCACUUUGGAACGGCUCCCUGGGCCGCUGCGAGGAGGGCUUUGAAAAGGGCACUCAAGACUUCGUGGCCAUGCUGGAGUCGCGUCUCACUGGAGCUGGGGAGGAUGAAGAAGACGAGGAGGACGAAGAGGAGGCAGAAGAUGAGGAGGCAGAGGACGAAGAAGGCGAGGAAGAAUCCGGAGACGGAGAGAAAGAGGAGCAAGUGAGGAAAGAUUCCAAGCCCAAAGAGCGACGGGCAGAGUUCGAGAUGGCCGCAGUGCUCGGUCGCGACAGCCGGAAACUCUUGGAGAAUUUUGCAGAAAAUCCAGCCAAUGUGCCUUUCAUCUCCAGCACUGGCGAGGGCCUGCUGCAGAUUCUUCGGGGAGGAACAGUGCCCGGUCUGCAAGCAUGUGAUUCCAAAAAGCCGGUGUGA